UUUUAUAGCAACUGUUGCCCAGUGAGGCAGCGCCAUAGUCACCGUAGUCCUGGCGACUGUAACCCACCAACAACAACCUCUCGCUCCAUCAUUACCACCUCCUCCACCAUCCUCAUCUCAUCAACCAGUCCACCGCUCAGGCGCCAUGCAGACCCCUGAAGCAGGCGCUGACUCCACCUCCACUGUCCCUCUUCAGACCACUGUGCCUGUCCAGCCUACUGGCUCCACCCAGCAGGUGCCUGUCCAGCAACAGGCCCAGACUGUUCAACAGGUUCAGCAUGUUUACCCAGCACAGGUGCAGUAUGUGGAGGAAAACAGUGGCGUCUACACCAAUGGCAACAUAAGAACCUACUCGUACUCAGAACCGCAGCUGUAUAGCCAGAACAGUGGAGGGAGCUACUUUGACACACAGGGCAGCUCAUCGCAAGUGUCCACUGUGGUCACAUCUCAUGGCAUGACCAACAACGGAGGAGGGGGCAGUGGAGGAAUGAACAUGAAUCUGGCAGGGGGUCAGGUAAUCAGCAGCAGUCCAGGGGCUUACAUCAUGGACAACGCUGGACCCCACCCUGUCACCCAGACUGCACGAGCUUCCCCAGCUACUAUUGAAAUGGCGAUUGAGACGCUCCAAAAAUCUGAGGGUUUAUCCAGUCAGAGAAGCUCGCUGCUCAACAGCCAUCUCCAGUGGCUGUUGGACAAUUACGAGACAGCAGAGGGCGUAAGUCUACCACGAUCCACCCUCUACAAUCAUUAUCUGCGCCACUGCCAGGAGCAGAAACUGGACCCUGUAAAUGCUGCCUCUUUUGGCAAACUCAUCCGCUCCAUCUUCAUGGGACUCCGUACAAGGCGCCUUGGGACAAGAGGGAACUCCAAAUAUCAUUACUAUGGUAUACGAGUAAAACCAGACUCUCCACUCAAUAGACUCCAAGAGGACAUGCAGUAUAUGGCCCUCAGACAGCAACCUGUUCAGCAGAAACAGAGGUUCAAGCCGGUGCAGAAGUUUGAUGCUUGCUCUGGGGAGAAUUACACAGGUGGAGGCCAGCCCCAUCCUGGUGCAGCAGAGCAGACAGUCAUUGCACAGAGCCAACACCACCAGCAGUUCCUAGAUGCAUCGCGGGCACUCCCUGACUUUGUAGAGCUGGACCUGGGACAGAGCAAUACAGAGAACAUCAGCCCAGAGGAUGUGAAAGCUCUCCAGUCCCUUUACAGAGAGCACUGUGAGGCUAUUCUGGAUGUGGUUGUCAACCUCCAGUUCAGUCUUAUUGAGAAGCUGUGGCAGACAUUCUGGCGUUAUUCUCCCCCUGACUCUGUAGAGGGUGCCACUGUAACAGAAAACAGCAGCAUAAGUGAGAUUGAAGCGCGGCUCCCCCGUUCACAGCUAUUGGUGCUGUGCAGAAACGAGGCUGUACUCAAAUGGAUGAGCACCUGUGACCAUCUAAUGUACCAGGCCCUUGUGGAGAUCCUCAUUCCUGAUGUCCUGAGACCCAUUCCCAGUGCCUUGACUCAAGCCAUUCGCAACUUUGCCAAAAGCCUGGAAGGUUGGCUCAAUAAUGCCAUGAAUGCCAUUUCACAGAGAAUGAUCCAGACCAAGAUUGCCGCUGUUAGUGCCUUUGCGCAAACACUGCGCAGAUACACAUCUCUGAACCACCUGGCUCAAGCGGCGCGUGCUGUGUUGCAAAACACGUCACAAAUCAACCAGAUGCUGAGUGAUCUCAACCGUGUUGACUUUGCCAACGUACAGGAGCAGGCAUCGUGGGUGUGCCAGUGUGAGGAGGGAGUGGUUCAGCACUUGGAGCAGGACUUCAAGGCCACACUACAGCAGCAAAGUUCUCUGGAGCAAUGGGCAGCCUGGCUGGAGAAUGUGGUCACUCAGGUGCUCAAGCCUUACGAGCACCGGCCCAGCUUUCCCAGAGCAGCUCGACAGUUCCUGCUCAAGUGGUCCUUCUACAGUUCUAUGGUGAUCAGGGACCUGACCCUGCGCAGUGCUGCCAGCUUUGGUUCCUUCCACCUGAUCCGUCUGCUGUAUGAUGAGUACAUGUUUUACCUAGUGGAGCAUCGUGUGGCCCAAGCUACUGGAGAGACACCUAUUGGUGUAAUGGGCGAGUUCGACAGCCUCAACACCCUGUCCCUCACUAACAUUGAUAAAGAUGAAACGAGUGGGAUGGACAGCGACUUAGAAGAGGACACGGAGGAGUCCGGGGAACCUCUUGCCAAGCGAGAGAAGUCGGAGCAUGAGGUGAUCCAGGUGAUCCAGGUUGGGGCGCUAGAGGACGGGUCCCACCCUGUGGUGGGUGUCGUCCAGCCAGGUGUCCUCCACUCGCUCCCCCAGCCCCCGCAGGACCACACUGAGCACAUCCUAACCCCCUCUGCUGGUACUCCCACCAUCCGCCACUGCAGCGCCACAGGCAACACCUACGCCUCCGUUUGAGGGUCUGAGGGCAUGGCUAACCUUGUCUGGCCUAUUUUUGCUAUCUCACUCUCCACAUAUCUUUCUCUCUGUAAGUUUAGAUGUUUCCGUCUUUUUCAUGCAUUGUCUCCGUCUGCACUUGUGUGGACACGCUCUCCUCCUCCCGAUCUAGCCCGGUCGAUGGGGGAGUGCUGAAAUGAUGAUACUCUGGCCGAGAUGUGCUGUCCGUGUCUGACUGCUUAGAUUCUGGAUGUGUCGUCAUCCCAUAAGUCUGUGCUCUAUCACAAUGCAGCAGCUGGAGGAGAAGGACUAAUUUGACCCGUUAAAUGUUUCCUGCCUAGGUGCCACUUAACGCCUCUGUCUAUACGGACGGGUUUUAUCUUGAAGGAAAAUUAAACUCCUUCAAACUACUGAUGUCUCAGAGCUCAAAUCCAUGUCACUAGUCCCAGCGGAGCAAAGUCAUUGUUUGACUCAAGACCUUCGUCUAUUGUAAAUAGUUUUACUAUACUUUCAAUUGGUAUUACCCAAAACUCAUGGUGCUAUCAUUGUGUUUGGUUUUAUUUUUAAUUUCCACUUAUCCCUCCUAAUUUAAGUAUGAUUUAUGUCAACAUGCAUUCCAACUGCUGAUAAACGUUUGGCUGAACAAAAUAUUUUGAGUAUUGUAUGUAGCUAAAAAAACAAAGGGAUGACUUUCUAUGUGUGUAUGACAUUUGAAAAAGAAUCUUGGGGCAGUUUUGUCUGUUCUGUUUGAAAAUGAUAUGGUAGCCACCCACUGAUAAUAACCAUUUAUAGAUUUUAGCCACAGAAAAAGAAACCCCUAAAGAAAUAUCUGUGCUGCUACUUGUGUAUAUAGAAACAAGAUUGAGAAGACUGGCUGUACAAAACCACUUCCUCAAUGCUAGCUUUUCUAUGCACUCUGUGCAUAACGCUUGCCUUUUGUUCAUUUUAGAUGCUCUGUAGUGACGAGCUGUAAUCUUGAAAACAAUUUUACUGGUCAUGUUUUUUGCAGUUUUCUUUUUGUCUUAAUGAAAUUUCUUAAGUUCACGAAGGACCAAAACCAAACCACCUAGAGGAAGCUGAGAGUGAGCCAUUUGGGUCACCCAAGAGCGGUUUCCUGUCCCACAGUGCCAUGUUGCAGAGCAGAAGGAAUGUCAGGGAUUUAAUGUACCUCGGCUUUAUCAUAGUGCCUUAUCCUUAAAUGCAGCUGUCCUUGUAGUCCUGACUGUGUGCUGUAGAGAGCCCACAGCCCCUCUGCAUUGUCCCAGCCACAGAUUUGGCUUUCUGGUGACUCGUGGCUGGAUUUGGGCUGGCUCAUCAGUGUUGAGACCAAGGGAUGCAGGCGCAGGCACAGACACACCUGUUGUUUUCUCUGGAUCAGCUCUACUAAGCUUAUUACUUAUCUGAAUCAUGGUCUUUAGCCUUGCUCCUGCCCUCACUCUGCCCUCUUGAGGCCUAUUCUUGCAUUAGCCUUUGUUAUUGGGUGAAGUGUGUGUGUGUGUGUUUGUGUGUGUGAACAAGGAUGCAUAGGUCUGCACUGUGUUUUUAUGUGCAUGUGUACAUGUGUAUAUAAGCCUGUGCGUCUGCGUGUGUGUGUGUGUCUGCGUGCUUGUAUGUAUGUGUUGGAACACAUCCAUCAGUCACCCUACCUCAAACCAGUGGUGCCAGCCCUUUGACGCGUGCAGCACAGUCACCAAACCUUAUUGCACACACACCACUGUACUGCACAAAUCUCAACGCGAUAGAGAAAAACUGCAUUGCUUUUCUCUCACCUCUGAUACAUUUUCACUUCAGUUUUUAGCCCAUAAAAUGCUUUCAUCCUUUGUUCCCUGUUUAAAGAUCAUCUUUGUACAGUGGACCAAAAGUAGAUAUUUUGUGAUAUUCAAAGAGAUAUAUAGAUAUAUAUAUGUAUAGUAUAUAUAAUGAUGAUACACUACAUAUAUUUGUUGCUUUUUAUGUGGUUGCUUUGAUUGUUUAUAUGUGAUCGUUUCUUUUGGUAGCUCCUCUGUAAUUAGUUCAUAGACUGUGAAAUGGGAACGGCAUGGGGACUAACUUCUGAUUCAUUAGACUACAUCUAUACUUGAACUGUUAUAGCCUUCUAUGUUGUGGAGAAUAUUGAGAUUAAUCCUCUAAAUAGGAACAUUUUGUUACUAAAAUUAUUUUUUGUUAUUGUUUUUUUUUUCAUGCUUGUCGAAAUGGUCUGCACCAUUUCUCUGCAGAAAUGUUUAUUUAUUGAUAUUUAUUGUUUUGGUUUUGGUUUAGAUGCUUACCCAUACGACAUAUUAUAAUUAUUAUAAUACUGAUGAGGAAUCAUGAAUUAUACCACUACUAAAGAACAGACCUACUGUACAGGAGGACCAGAAAGUUUUUUUUUUUUUUUUUUACCUUUUUGUAAGUCAUGUAUGUAGGGUUGAUGAAGGUUUUUUAAAAAAUGGUUGGCACUGUAUUUGCUGUUUUCACAGUCCUUUUUUAGGUUCUAUCACUAGUCCAAGAAUUCAUUUAGAUUCUAAAAAUACACACAGGAUCUUUGCCAUUUGUUUUUGGUUGUGCCUGUGUAGAUAGAAAACAUGCUCAGCAGUAAAGGAGGGUGGGCAAAUGCAAAUACUGCGCAUCAUGUAGGUUACUGGGUCAGUGGAAUCUCACAGAUGUUUCGUUAAAUAAGUUCCACAACACUGAGGAAUCUGAAAAGUAAGUUCUGGCAACCUCAAGACACAUUCCUCACUGAUUAAACCUAUGGUACACAUCCCAUACUGUAUCCUUACCCUCAUCCUGCUGGCUUGAAAUGUCUGACUUACCAGAUCUUGGAAUGGAGCGCACACUAAUCUGGCUUUCUUAUUAUGUUGCUUAAGGACAGUAAGAAAAGUCUGCAAGAAAAGGUCAAAGAACUUUAAGUAGCUGGAAGUCAAAGGCCUGAGGCAUUUUGUUUACAUCAGUCUGUGACUAUAAUGAGCUUGCAUGAUAGAUUGCUCCCUGACUCUUGGUAUUGAACUGUCGAAUGCAAGUUAAGAGAACACAGAGCAAGUAAUGUAAAUGUCCAAUAAAAAAAAUUAAUGGAUUUAAAACUUAAGUCCUAGAUCAUUUCUUGUACUUUCUCUAGAGCCAAACAUAAAUCUGUGUUCUCAUAGGAACUACCCCAUCCCCAGAAGCUCCCUUGACUAAGUGAAACACUUAUGGAAAUUUUGAGAAUGUAGUUGUAAAAAGUGACAGGGUUCUGUCUGUGAAAAUUGUAAAUCUGGGUAGUGUGUACCAGUUAGAAAUGAAGGUUUUGCAGGAUACUUUUUACCUUUUCUCUCACUGAAUUAUUAUUUUAUUUUCUUGUAACAUGUGAAUCUCAGCUCCCUUGUCAUAUAAACUACAACACUGAAGAUGUAAACUUGUAUUAUUUUGUGCCUGAAGUGAAAAUGAAUUAUAAAAUGUUUUCUUUAAAUCUUAAUUGUGUCCUUUCUGGUCUUGCACGACUACCAUGUGCUGCUAGAAACAGUUUUUUGUUAAUUUCUUUUUUUUUUUGUCCGUUUUUACUUUUACAUUACAUGCUGGACUGCAUCUCAAAGCCUGCCUGGUCUACCCUGGACUGAUGCUAAUGCUGCCAACACAACAGUAACUUUAUUUCUCGGUGUCUUUUCAAUUGAGAAGCAAGAUUGUUUUUGUAACAGCUGUUUGCAAAUGAGCCCGUUUCCAACCAGAAAAUGUUUGAAAAAAAAAAAAAAGAAAGAAGAAAGGAAAAAAAAAGACAUAAGCUAUUCCUUAACUUGUCAUAGGAGCGAAUGCUAAGAGAUGCCUCUUUACCUGGACAAAAUGGCAGCUUCACUGACCCAUAGCAGACUCCAGUGCCUUUAAUUUCGCCCCGGCCAGAGCAGAUGGCCUGGGUGACUAUUGGGUCUCUGGUGGGCUCCAGAUCGAGGCUAUCAGAGCAGACAUUUCAUUGCACAGGUGCUGCCACUAAGAAGACACCAGAGUUGAGGAAGCAUAAAGACCUGUCCUCAGACUGGACUAUUUAUUAUUUACUGGAUGUGACGCCACACACACAUACACACACACACCACACACUCAUACUUAGUAGUUUACACAUGGUAGAUUAUCUGCAUAUGGCUUUUUAUUGUAUAGAACUGGUAAAUGAACAAGGAGUUACUGUAAGUAAAAUGCUCUCUUGUUUUGUUUUCUCAUGAUCGUGAUUUCUUUUGUCAAAUGAUAUUUUCUGAAUGCUGUGACCUGUUUGAGAUUUGUAUUUGGAUGUUUUCAAGUGCCAUUUGACAGUCUAGUGAGUCGUGGCCAUCUGUAGCACGCUCUAAUGCAAGCACAAGCAUUUGGCAGUGGCAUUUGGGGAAGGUUUUUAUUUUGAUUCACCCUAGACAAAAAUAUGUAUAUAUCAAAAACUGAAAAGUAUAUUUAUUUGUGUCCUAAUUAUUUGAUUUGUUCUUUUGGUGAACAUUUUAUCUGUUAUGUUGGCUAAAGUGCUUUUGUGAUUUCUUUUUCCAAUUUUUUUUUGAGGAGGGGUGGGGAUAAUGUAUAGUAUCUGAUAUAAUAUAAACACAAAUUUCAUGUGACUUUCUUUUUGUGUGCCAUUAAGUUUUCUUCUCAAAUUGGCAAGCAAACCAAUGCGUGUAGGGUGAUUUGUAUUGUGUAUUUUACAUAAAAAACGAGGACAAUUGGGGGACUUUUAUAUUUAUAAAGACAUUAUCAUUUAGUGUGUCGUAUUGAUGAAUAUAGAAACUAUUAAAGACACAUGUAGUUUGGUUUUCUGAAUAUUUCAGAUCUCAGCUCAGGCUAGCUUCUUAGUGUUGUUUUCUUAAAAUUUGUGACUUGUCUUUGCAGUAAUAAACGUUUUCUUGUUGAAAA